GUUACCAAAUUUGGGUCUUGCGCCUGCGCGGGAGUUCCCAAUCUCUCAGUAAACCCUUUCGUCUUAACAAUGCCCUUCGUAUUUCCACAAUUUUACCUUCUGCUGUUUUUAAUUUUCUUCCAAAUCAAACAACAAGUAUGCUCCAUCAAGGGUCCAACACAUAUCAAAGGUUCUAUUGGAGAAAAUGCCUUGUUUAUGUGGAACACAACGGAUCAAAAAGUAAUCCUUAUUGCCAGAUGGGGAAUAAGAAAGGGCAACAUCCCUGAUCCUCAGUUUAUCAGCGUUAAUUCAUAUAAUGGAAAGGUGCACCUUAACGAAGAUAUUGGCGACACGUUGAAAAGAAGAGUAGAUUUUAUUGGAAACUUGAMAAUGGGUCGUGCUUGGUUUGUGUUGAAGAACCUUACUGUCAAUGACACUAAUGAAUAUAUUGCAAGYAUCAUGGACGAUGUAUCAAGAGUUCUACCAUAUUACGUGAGCCUAAACGUUGCGGAGAAGAGAAAAGAGAAUCAACACAUUGAAGACAGCAUAUUACGAUCCAAAUAAUUACUCAACAAUCUC